GAAGCAGAGAUGCUGCGCUCCAUUUCUUUCCACCCUUCAGGAGAUUUCAUCCUGGUGGGCACUCAGCACCCUACACUACGUCUGUAUGAUAUCAACACCUUCCAGUGCUUCGUGUCCUGCAACCCCCAGGACCAGCACACUGAUGCCAUCUGCUCUGUCAACUACAAUGCCAGUGCCAACAUGUAUGUGACAGGCAGCAAGGAUGGCUGCAUCAAACUCUGGGAUGGGGUUUCCAACCGCUGCAUCACCACCUUUGAGAAGGCACACGAUGGAGCUGAAGUGUGUUCUGCUAUUUUCUCCAAGAAUUCUAAAUAUAUCUUGUCCAGUGGCAAAGACUCUGUAGCAAAGCUCUGGGAGAUCUCCACGGGGAGAACGCUGGUCAAGUACACAGGUGCUGGUUUGAGUGGCCGCCAAGUGCACAGGACACAAGCUGUCUUCAACCACACAGAGGAUUAUGUGCUGCUCCCAGAUGAAAGGACCAUAAGCCUGUGCUGUUGGGAUUCCAGAACUGCUGAACGGAGAAACCUCCUGUCCCUGGGGCACAACAGCAUCGUGCGCUGCAUCGUGCACUCCCCCACCAACCCAGGCUUCAUGACCUGCAGCGACGACUACAGGGCCAGGUUUUGGUACAGGAGGUCCACGACAGACUAA